AUGGCACAACAGAAAACCAAGCUGAGAGGUAGGAAAAGUACAGCCAAGCAGUCAAGCCCCUCUGGAGAACUUAUCACCGAGAGAGAGCAGCACCUGAAGAAGGAACAUGCCACCCUGACAGAGCAUAUCAAGACCUACUCAGAUCGAGUGGAUCACUUUCAAGAUGAAAAUGAAUUUCUGGACAAGGAAGCCCAGGAAAUCCAAGAAAACAGCAAAGCUUACCUCUCCUACUUGGCCAAACGCACUCUCCUGUGCCACAGCGCCAUCAUUUCCUUACAUGACCAGAACGAAUCGGAUCUGGCCUCUAUCCUGGAGCAGAAGGAGGAGCUGAUCUCGCAGUUCAAAGAAAGGAAGAAGGAGGUCAGGAGCCAGUUGAUUGAGAUGGAGACCAAGUAUUCCCUCAUGAACAAGGAGGUUGACGAACUGAGGCCCUUCAAGGAGCUUCAGUCGGACCAGCUCGCCCGUAUCCGGGAGCUGGAGAAAGACCUGCUAGCCAUGAAAAUCCACCAUUCUGAGCAAAUGCACACCGUGAAGAGCCAGUUCCUGCAAAAGAAGGCGGAAUAUGAAACGGAGUCCCAGCAGAAGGUCCAAGCUUUGGCCAAAAGGGCCGAGAAGGAAGCUGUGCGCAGCCUCAUCCAACACACCAAGCAGAUCAAAGCUGAGAACGGGAGAUUGCGCAAUGAACUGCUGAACCUCAUCAAGAGAGCCCAGGGCCUAAAGGCCAUUCUGCGUCAGCUGCAGGAGCAGAAAGGGCAGCUUCUUCAGGAGCUCCAAUACAGGGAAGAUUUGGGCCAUCUAAGGCUAAAAUAA